GACUCUGUGCUGUGGCUGGUAUCGCUGGAGCUUGUAGAGACAUUGCUAUCUCGCUUUUGGUUUGCAGUCUUUCACUAAAGGAUUUAGUAUAAGAUCUUGAACAUACACUAGACGACCGGAUCACCCGAAUCCACUGACUUAUCUUUGUUUCUGGCGCUGUCUUCGAGAAGUUCCCAUCAAGCCUGACCCUUCAACGGAUCACUGGACUUGAACAUUCUAUUUGAUAGUCUCUCUGCUACACGUCUUGCUGUACAUCGAUCUUAAAUCGCUCAAAGUAACAUGGAUAUUGAACAAUUUCGAAAGGCAGGCUAUCAGGCCAUCGACCGCAUCUGCGACUAUUAUUACAGUUUACGCGAAAAACCUGUGGUAGCCCAGGUUGAACCGGGAUACCUCAGAAAAGCUCUUCCGGAUCAUGCUCCCGAGAAGGGCGAGCAGUGGGAUGCUAUCGCGGACGAUUAUCAGAGUCUUAUUAUACCUGGUCUCACGCACUGGCAACACCCCUCGUUCUUUGCCUACUUCCCUACUGGGUGUACGUUCGAGGGCAUGCUGGCAGAUCUGUAUUCGAGUAGUGCGUGUAACCCGGGAUUCAACUGGCUCGCAAGCCCAGCUUGCACUGAACUCGAGUCCGUCGUCAUGGAUUGGGCUGCUCGUAUGCUUGGUCUGGAACGCACGUUCUGGAAUAUCAGCGAAGUAGGCGGAGGUGUCAUUCAGACAACAGCCUCGGACUCAGCGCUUACUGCCGUUGUAUGUGCCCGCACACGCUGCACAACUCUCAACCCGGACGUUCCACACUCGUCCCUUGUUAUGUACGUCACCUCACAUACGCACUCCUUCGGACUCAAGGCUGCUCGUAUAUUGGGUCUGAGAGUAAGGACUAUCGAUGUGGACGAUGAGGUUGUAAUGGGAAAGGAUAGCGAGGAAGAAGUUGACGGGUGGGGGCUCGGAGUGAAUAAAUUGAAGGAAGCGUUGAAGGAGGAUUUGGCGAAUGGGAUGAAACCUUUCAUAUUAGUGGCCACUGUAGGAACGACGAAUUCAGGUGCAGUCGACAGAAUAGAUGAGAUCGGAGAAUAUCUCGCGAAAGAACACCCAUCCAUCUGGCUCCAUGUCGACGCUGCCUGGGCUGGCGUCACCCUCGCAUGCCCAGAAUAUCGUGACCGUGCUCAGUUGGCAGGUAUAAAUAAAUGGGUCACGAGCCUUUGCGUGAACUUUCACAAAUGGGGUCUGACGAACUUCGACGCAUCUGCGUUAUGGGUGCGGGAUCGAAAUCUCCUCAUAGACGCGCUGGAUGUAACUCCUGCGUACUUGAGGACGAAACAUGGAGACGCUGGGACCGUCAUCGACUAUCGCAACUGGCACUUGUCUCUCGGCCGUAGGUUCCGCUCGCUGAAGCUCUGGUUCGUUCUGCGCAGCUUUGGUGUAGAGGGUUUCCAAACAUAUAUUCGAAGGUGCAUCAAACUCAACGAGCUGUUCGCAUCCCUCGUACGGAAAUCGGACAUAUUCGAACUCGUCACUCGUCCAUCCUUCGCGCUCACGGUCUUCAGGCUACGCCCUCAGGCUAUUUUCGAACCGUCUACACUCGUGUCUACUUCUCCUCCUACCUCCAGCAGCAUCACCGCCACCGCCCCUACCUCUGAUAAGGAAGACCCGUCGUCUCUCGCGUUUUUGAAUGCUCUCAACCGUGCUAUGCACCACGAACUUCAAACGUCGCACACUCACGAGAUGUUAUUGACCCAGACUGAGAUACGGGGCGUAUUCUGUUUGAGGUUGGCGGUUGGAGCUGCGAGGACCGAAGAGCGGGACAUUCUACGGGCUUGGGAGAUUUUGAACGAAGUUGGGGAGCACGUUCUGGCGGAAGCUCAGAGCGGCGCUUGA